CAACAUGACAGCAUCAACCAGCAAAAUGGAUAAUUCUGGAAAUUAUAGAAAGAAAACAUAUAACUAAAUUUCGAACACAAACGUUAUGUGUAUGACUUCCAAUAUGUACGACCUAAUGAAUUGGACAAUUUUGUUAUUUAGUGUUACCAUGAUAAGGUGCAAUCAUGGUGGAAAGAGUAACCCUCUGAAAAAGCAGCUGCUGGACAUCGGACUGAGAAUAGAUGAGCUCGAUUUCAAGGUGGAUGACGUGAAAAACCACCUCGUGGAGCAAGACAAGACCAUGAAGUUCGAUAGAACCAGAAAUUAUGAAGUCAUUGAACAACUUGCUGACCGUAUAAACACAUUAAUAGAAAUUGUCAAAAAUCAUUUUGCACAAGAUUCCAUUACGAGAGAUGAUAUUUACACAAUAGAUAUUGUCUCCAACAAAACCAGUGUGGAUAAAGAUCUACAUGAUGAACACCAGGUUAUAUGGGAAAAACUUAAACUUAUAGAAAGAGAAAUGUAUGCAGUUCGAAAGACAUAUAAAGACCAUGUUGAAGCAUGUGGGAUAACAAAUGCAAAACUAGCUUCCACGGUGCAUCAGUUGCAAGCAGUAAAUGCUGCCAAUUGCGAAAAUGCAAUUACUAAAACAGGUGUGACUGAAUCAACUACCACAGAAGAAAAUCCUUCUCCAUGCAGAAAUGCUUCAAAAAGCGGUGUAAUAACUAUUAACGUUAACUAUCAGAACAUAACGCAUCUUAACGUGUGUUGUGAUAUGACCACGGACGGCGGUGGCUGGACGGUGAUACAAAGAAGAAUGGAUGGCUCGCUCAACUUCUUCCGUGACUGGGAAUCGUAUAAGAGAGGCUUUGGUGACGUGACGGGAGAGUUCUGGCUUGGUAACGAACAUCUUUACCAGUUAACAAGCAACCGACCCCGUGAGCUCCGCGUUGACAUGGAAGAUUUCGAAGGAAACAAAGCCUUCGCAAAGUAUUCAUUUUUCGAAGUUCUUCCAGAAUUCUACAGUUAUGCCAUUCGGAUUGACGGUUUCAACGGUUCAGCUGGAAAUUCUUUGAAGUACCACAAUGAUCACGGGUUCAGCACUAAGGACCGGGACAAUGACGGGUCCAGUGGCAGCUGUGCUCACUACUGGCAGGGCGCCUGGUGGUUCGACGAGUGUCUCAGGAGUCACCUGAACGGCGAAUACAAGGUAGAGACCUUGGAGGCGUACAGGGGCAUAGUAUGGGAUGCUUGGAAAGGACCUAAGUACUCACUGAAGUGGGUUGAAAUGAAGUUUCGCUGACAUCGGAUUGUAAAACAUUUCAACGAUUUAUAUGGUUCACAACAGGGUAACAGGGUGCAUAUAUAUAAGUUAUAGAAAUGUGCAUACAUUUAUUAAGAUAUAAUGUUUGCGGUAUUAAAGGAAAACCUCAAGGGAGCCUCUAAAUACGUAACAAGUAAAUAACACAAUUUCACAGGAUGGAUUGCUGCACAAAUUUAAUGUUUCGCAACUCAAUCAUAUUUCGUACGCGCUCCUAUUGCAUUUAUUAUUGACACAUUGCGUCGUGUACAUCUUUCGUAAGCCUAACUAGAUUAGACUCUCUUUCUCCCAACAACAUAUCCGUUGAAAUUAAAGUGGCUACUGACAAUAAAAUGCAUAUAUCUAAAUUUGUCUUCGUUUGAAACGUGUUCGUGCUGAGCUAUUAUAUAGUUGUGCUAUUUGGGAGAACAACUGAUAUCUCGUCUGUAGCUGCCAGAGAGUUGUUAGUUUCUUUUAAUAAAAUACAUAUAAGUUAGAAGCAAAUGUUUUUUUAUAUUUAUAAAUCAACGAAGUAAUUAAGGUGUAAAUAGGUAUUUUAUGUUUCAAUGAAAUCCCUGAAGUUAUUGUGGAGCAAGUAGAUUCACUGCUGACACUGGGCAAGUAGAAUUACAAGUGUUGUUAAUAAACAGGGACAUACUUCUUUCUGGACUGCUUGUUACAGUUAUUUGGUUACCAAUGACCAUAGAGACUAGUGAUUCAUGAUCAGUGGAAGACAUUGUUACAGUUAUGUGGUUACCAAUGACCAUAGAGACUAGUGAUUCAUGAUCAGUGGAAGACAUUGUUACAGUUAUGUGGUUACCAAUGACCAUAGAGACUAGUGAUUCAUGAUCAGUGGAAGACAUUGUUACAGUUAUUUGGUUACCAAUGACCAUAGAGACUAGUGAUUCAUGAUCAGUGGAAGACAUUGUUACAGUUAUGUGGUUACCAAUGACCAUAGAGACUAGUGAUUCAUGAUCAGUGGAAGACAUUGUUACAGUUAUGUGGUUACCAAUGACCAUAGAGACUAGUGAUUCAUGAUCAGUGGAAGACAUUAAUUUGUUGCACGCAAACAUUUUUCCAGAACUUUUCCAAAGGACAAUGGAAAAAAUCAUUCUACAUUUCUAAUAAGUGGUUCAGGUAUGGACCUUAUAUAUUAUUAAAUAUUUACACAAUUGUCAAUUGUAUAUCUGUAGUAGUUCCGUUAAAUAUGAGCCUUUAUAAGACAUUCAUUACGCUGCAUCAACAAAUGUGCUAGUAGAAUAUUUGGUGCAUAAU